AUGGCCGAGAACCCCAGUCCAGAGGAGCGGGUAGCCAUUGAUGAGCUGACCCCAGAGGAGGCCAAUCGAAUCAUACAUUCCCAUCGCAAGCCCAACCGCUCAUCAACCUCAAAGCCAUCAGGCUCUGGUGCACCUUCAGAAGCAAGUCAAGGCAUCGCCAGUCGCAAGAGGACACUUUCAUUCUCAGAGGUUCCUCGCGACGAGGGAGUGCGCAAGGUCGAGCGACAGGACAGUUGGCCGCGCACCCUUGCAAGCAUCGAUGAACCUGAAGUCGCAGCAGACCGUUACGUUGGACAGAAUAGUAUUCCUGCUCUACUGCGCGAGCAGUCUUCACCAGUUCACAAAGGCGACGGUCUUGACAUUCGACAAGACAUGAGGUCCAUUCUCGGGUUGGACACAUCGGCGCCUUUUCCGCUGAUGUCGUCGCAUCACCUUCAGAAAUUGACACAGGAUAUAUCAACUGAAUUGCCUUCCGACCGUGAGGUUAUGAAGCUGUUCCGCACAUACAAGGAAAUACCUCAGCCUUUUUGGGGAUUCGUUAUGGACAUUGAUGACCUCGAAGCUAAGCUCAUGACUUACCUGGAAGAUCGUUCGCGAAAUGCCACUAGCGGUAGCAAGUCCACCAAACCCGUUACAGCAUCAUGGCUAGCAAUACUCUUUGCCGUUUUGGCUGUCGGAUCACAGUACCACGAAUCGCCAUACCAUAUCCGCACCCGAGACUCUCAGCGCUUCAUUCAGAUAUCAUUUCACUUCCUCCGACUGGGCAACUUUCUUCUUCGACCUUCUUUUGACUCCAUCCAAGCUCUUCUUCUCACAUGUUUCGUUCUUCUGAAUGACAUGAAGGCUGAAGCAUCAUGGGCGCUGAUGGGAUUGACCUGUCGUCUUGCCCAGUCGCUCGGUCUACACAGAACACCGCGCAACGAAAGCCGCGACUGUACACCCCCAAACACCCAAUCGAAAGAAAUGGUGCGAAGAAGAUUAUGGUGGAGUGUUGUAUGGCACGAUACCUUGACAUCGCUAUCCUUUGACAGAUCUCCAAUGACCAACUUCCCCUGCUGUCCGAUCCCCGUCAUGACGCCGACACCAAACGGCAACUACUCAUACCUCGAAACAAUGUACCAUCUCAUGGAGAUCAUUUCUCGUCGCCUAAAUCCCGACGACAUGAUGAGUGCUUCAUACACUCAAAUCAUCGACGACUGCGAAGCCGUAGAGACCCUUCGAAGUCGCACCGCACCACAGUUACGAAACAAAGAAAUCUGCAAGACAGCCCUUGACCGUCUGCAACACUAUGCAAUCCGCCUCCACACAUCAUUUGUCAUCUCCGUCGCAUGUCGCCCAGCACUCCGAAAAGACAGCGAAUUCGAACCUGAGCAGCGAAAGACGCUAGCAGAUCGCUGCAAAGACAACCUAACCGAAACCGUCAGAAUGUUCCUCGCCAUGCACCAGCUCUCCUCCAUCCCAACGCGAAGCUGGGCCUUCACGUACCACGGCCUAUCAUCAGCUCUGCUCCUCGGCAUACUAUGUGAGACAAAGACGGAUCCAGAGGUUCGGCAGUUACAGGGGGAUCUCAUCGCCGCCCUUUCUGCCACUGCUGCCAAAGACGUUAGCUCCCCCGAGCCGCAUGUCAUGACCACCGACAAGGACAUUGAACUCUCCGGCCCACUGUACCGCGCCCUCACGGCCCUCAAGAACAUUUACGACCAUGGCUCUAUUGUUCCGUCACAUCUCAAGAAAGAAGGCGACGCCUCUGCCGCCGGCAGCGGGAGCCGGACGCCCCUUAACCUUUUUGGAAACCCAGGUCAACUUCCCGGAAAUGGCAAUUCAAUGUUUCGCAACGUUUCCCAGAGCGCGGACCCAAGAGAGGACGCAGCGCUUGCUAUGGCUGAGAUGCAAAACGGAGGAGCUUCGAUCCAAGACUUUCCAGGUCUUGCGUACGGUCAGCAGAUGCCAAACGGAAACCUGAAUCUUGACAGCAUGAACGCCAUGAAUGUCGAUCCUACGCAAUACAUGGCUCCCAUGGACCUCUACGAAUCUAUCUGGGGUGAAUCGCCGGACCCGUGGAACACGGGAAUGGACUCGUUGAACUUUGACUUCCUAGCCCAGCCACCGCCAGGCCAGCCCCAGCAGCAGUUUUACUUCUGA